AUGGGUGAUUGUUUGGAAGAAGAAGUGUGUAGAAUCUGCUAUUCUGAGAUAAAUCCGGUUACAAAGAAAAAAGAUCUUAUUGCACCCUGUAAAUGCAAUGGGUCUGUGAAAUAUGUCCAUUUUACAUGUCUGAAACUGUGGAGAAUGAGGGGAAAGGCAUUUGGGGACAUGGGAAAGUGUGAGCAGUGUCAUGGAACAUACAACAUACCCGGAGAAAGAGUUGUCUAUUCGUGUCUUAUAUCUCUUUCUUCAAUAUUUCUCAUCAGUUCAGUAUAUUUAUUUGUUAGUUUAAUAAUCAGAAAAACAGGUGAAACUAUCGCAGAAAUAAUUGAAGAAUCGUGCGGUACAUUGCCUUUAGAAUCAAAUAUGUGCAUAUGUGAAUUUGAUAAGUCCCAUUAUCUGUCCUGUCUUAUGUUUUUACUAUCAAUUUACAAAAUGAUGACAAAUCCAGGAUUGUUGAUGAUAGGUGGAUAUAUUUUCUCGUAUUUUACUGUAGCAGUGUACCAUCUUGCGUACAGCAGACUGCUUUUCUUUUGCAUAUCAUUUAAAUUCCUCAUAGACGUCUAUCUUGAAACAUAUAAAAUGAUUGAUGGGUUUUACUAUUAUCUACUCAAUCUGAAUUGGGAGAAAAAGUACCUAAAAAGAAAUUUAUAA